CACUGAGGCGAAAUGAAUGCGAAGUAAUGACAAAUAUUUGUCCUGAAAAAUCAGUGUGUCAAGAUAAAGAGGAAGGCUACGAGUGCGUCUGUGAUAUUGGUUAUGGGCUGUGUGGAGAUAUAAAUGAAUGUGAAGACGACCCCUGUACAGAUCCAAACUCCAAGUGUGAAAACACAUGGGGAAGUUACACUUGCCCCUGCAGGAGAGGAUUUGUUCUUAAUCCCUCGGGUGCUUGUGUGAGACAUACGGGGUAGUGUGGCGGCUCCUCGAUUCAUUUGGUGGCUGGUGUUCCUGGGUGGAGCUUACACAGAGGCGGAAACUGAAGUCGUAUCGUCACCAGCGUCAGCAUAGAAAACGACGUUGAUGUCAGCACCUCAAUGACAAUUACUUUGUAGGAAUUAGAGUUUUGGCUUCAAUUUUUCAUUCUAUUUAUGACAAUUUUCCCAUGAUUGAAAGAUCACUGUAUUCAAGUAAGAUUAGAUUUUUUUCAACAUUUCAGCUACUGAAUGACCUAGUGUCAUCACUUCUUUUA